GGCGGUUUCAGGUGGGAGGAACCUUCUGAUGCUUCAGAUUUGAGUUCUGGUCAGAUGGUGUUACUGAAGAAAUGGCUUCUGGAGGGUCAGGUUGACAGUCUCUCGGUUAACCCAAGUCCAGAAGGUCUCCCUGAACUAAUGGUGUCUCAGCCCGGCUGUGGUUAUGCGAUUCUGGUGUGCUCAUGGACACAAGAGGGCGCUGCAGGACCUGGGGAUGAAAACACAGCAGCAACUAGCAGAGAUGUUGUCCUUCAUCUUACCACCGGACGCAUUCAUAACAAGAACGUGUCCACUCAUGUGAUAGGCAGCAUUUGCAGAGGUUCUAAAGAUGAUUCGUCUAAAGGUGGC